CUCACUUUCGAAAUUUUACGGCACGUGUCGUCGGCUGAAGCUUCAAUUCGUGUACGUUACUGAAACCAAACUUUGGAUUUAGAUUGAUUCUGGGCACUGCAUAUUUGUCCUACUGAAAUGAAUAAUUUGUCCGAAGAAAUAACGGAGCCCUCCUCCAUACAUAUCACAGAUGACGAUCAACAAAAGGCUGGUGAUAUUUUUAUGACCUGUGAUGAAUUUAGCAAACCGGAUUAUGGAACUCCAAAAAAACCGCAACCUAAACGUAGUGGAAUCCGCAAUGUAUUAAUCACAUCAGCCUUACCUUAUGUAAAUAAUGUACCACAUUUGGGGAAUAUGAUUGGAUCAACUCUAAGCGCAAGUGUAUUCGCCUUAUAUUGUGAUUUAGCGGGAUAUAAUGUUUUGUCUAUAUGUGGUACAGAUGAAUAUGGUACAGCAACUGAAGCAAAAGCUGUCUCAGAAAAUAUGACUCCACGUGAAAUCUGUGAUAAAUACCAUAGAUUACACUGUGAUAUAUACAAAUGGUUUCAAAUUGAAUUUGAUUAUUUUGGACGAACUACUACAGAAAAACAUACUGAGAUUGUACAGAGACUGUUUAAGCGUUUAUGGGAUAAAGGUUUUAUCAGUGAAGAUUCUGUUGAACAGCUUUAUUGCGAAAAAUGCUCAAAAUUUCUAGCUGAUCGUUUUGUUGAAGGAAUUUGCCCGUUGUGUAAAUAUGACGAUGCUCGUGGCGAUCAAUGCGAUAAAUGUGGACGUCUUAUGAAUGCUGUUGAACUUAUAGAACCACGUUGUAAAAUAUGUCGUCAUAAGCCAAUUGUGCGCUCAUCACGUCAUCUGUUUCUUGACUUGCCCAAGAUCGAAAGUAAAUUGAGUGCGUUUAUUGAACAACGCGUAGACGAUCCUUCAUGUAUAUGGACAUCAAAUGCUUGUAACAUAUCAAAUACAUGGCUAAGAGAUGGUUUAAAGCCAAGAUGUAUUACACGUGAUCUGCACUGGGGUGUACCAGUUCCUCUGGAAAAUUUUAAGGAAAAGGUAUUUUACGUUUGGUUCGAUGCGCCUAUUGGUUAUUUAUCGAUUACAGCGAAUUAUACAAAACAUUGGCAACAAUGGUGGCAACCGUCUAUUCAGUCUGGUGACGAUGAAAUCGAAGUGGAAUUAUUUCAAUUUAUGGCUAAAGAUAAUGUUCCCUUUCAUGCAAUUAUAUUCCCUUCAUGUCUGUUAGCAGCUGAUGAUGGUUAUACUCUUGUAAAACACUUAUUAUCUACAGAGUAUAUGAAUUAUGAAAAUACUAAAUUCUCAAAAAGUCGGGGAAUUGGCGUAUUUGGUGAUGACGCGAUGAACUCUGGAAUUAUAUCAGAUGUUUGGCGAUUUUAUUUAUUAUAUAGACGACCUGAAUCACAGGAUAGUGCAUUUAUCUGGGAAGAUUUCAUGUUGGUAAAUAACUCAGAAUUGUUAAAUAAUCUGGGUAAUUUUAUCAAUCGAUCGCUUUCAUUUGUCUCACGAUUUUUCAAUUCAAUUAUACCAUCAAUAACAAAAUUAGAACCUGUUGAUACAGAAUUCUUGGCUAGAAUUAAUAAAACUUUUGCUAUUUAUAUACGAAAUAUGGAAUCAUGUCAUCUUCGUGAUGCUAUACGAAAUGUACUGACUAUUGCUCGUCUUGGUAAUGGUUAUUUUCAAGCGAAUCAACCAUGGGUUACUGUAAAGAAACCAGAGACAAAGCCACGUUCCGGUGUUGUAAUAAGUAUUGCCGCAAAUGUUGCUUGUCUUCUGGGUGCUAUGAUUUAUCCUUACAUGCCUACAAUUGGGAAACAGAUUUGGAUUGAUCAAUGUAACCUACCAUUGUGCAAACUUACUUUUGUACAAAUCAUCAAAAAAGAAUUCAGAUUACAAAGGUUACUACCUGAUGGUCAUCGUAUUGGGAAGCCUGUUCCUCUAUUCCGUAAGAUAGAAGUUGAUGAAAUUAAGAAAUUAUCCAAAGUUCAUGGUGGUGGUCAGUCUUCCGAUGCACCAAUUGUUAAUGGUGCAAAUCCUAAAUAAAAGAAGAAAUUUUUUAUCAGCUUAACCAUGUCAUCUACUACAGCAUUUCUCUGAACUUCUAAUUUAUUCAAAGUAAAAUGUUAACCACCCCACAUGCUGCUCACUACUUAUAUAUUUGCUAAAUAUAAAUGAACAUAUAUGUAUCAGUUGACUCCAAAUGGAUAUCUAAUACGCGUUCUUACUUACUGUAAACUAUAUCGAAAAUUGCAAAAUAAAGAAUAUGUACUACAUGUCUA